GCCUUUCCCGGGCGUCUCCCCACCACCUACUCAGCUUUCCUCGUCCGUGACGCUGCGCCCGGGAGAAACCCGCCGGGACAGGGGCCGAGGGGCCGCGAGCUGCAGAAGAUGGAUGCACAGAAUUCAGCCAAAGUCAACACAAGAAAAAGGAGGAAAGAGGCACCUGGACCCAAUGGGGCAACAGAGGAAGAUGGGAUUACUUCCAAAAUGCCACGCUGUGCAGUUGGCUUACGGCAGCCAGCUCCUUUUUCUGAUGAAAUUGAAGUAGACUUUAAUAAGCCCUAUGUCAGGGUAACUAUGGAAGAAGCCAGCAGAGGAACACCUUGUGAGCGACCUGUGAGAGUUUAUGCAGAUGGAAUAUUUGACUUAUUUCAUUCUGGUCAUGCCCGGGCUCUGAUGCAAGCAAAGAACCUUUUCCCUAAUACAUACCUCAUUGUGGGAGUUUGCAGUGAUGAGCUAACGCACAACUUCAAAGGCUUCACGGUGAUGAACGAAAGUGAGCGCUACGAUGCAGUGCAGCACUGCCGCUACGUGGAUGAGGUGGUGAGGAAUGCCCCCUGGACCCUGACACCGGAGUUCCUGGCAGAGCACCGGAUUGAUUUUGUGGCCCAUGAUGACAUCCCUUAUUCUUCCGCAGGAAGUGAUGAUGUUUAUAAGCACAUUAAGGAAGCAGGCAUGUUUGCUCCAACACAGAGGACAGAAGGUAUCUCUACAUCAGACAUCAUCACCCGAAUUGUCCGGGACUAUGAUGUGUAUGCCAGACGGAACCUACAGAGGGGCUACACGGCAAAGGAGCUCAAUGUCAGCUUUAUCAACGAGAAGAAAUACCAUUUACAGGAACGAGUUGACAAAGUAAAGAAGAAAGUGAAAGAUGUGGAAGAAAAGUCAAAAGAAUUUGUUCAGAAAGUAGAGGAAAAAAGCAUUGACCUCAUUCAGAAAUGGGAGGAGAAAUCCCGAGAAUUCAUUGGAAAUUUCCUGGAAAUGUUUGGUCCGGAAGGAGCACUGAAACAUAUGCUGAAAGAAGGGAAAGGCCGGAUGCUGCAGGCCAUCAGCCCAAAGCAGAGUCCCAGCAGCAGCCCCACUCGUGAACGCUCCCCCUCCCCCUCUUUCCGGUGGCCCUUCUCUGGCAAGACUUCCCCUUCUUCCUCUCCAGCAAACCUCUCCAGGCACAAGGCUGCAGCCUAUGAUAUCAGUGAAGAUGAAGAAGACUAAUUUUUCAGCCCUCCUUUCCUCUCCCCUCCCUUUGUCCCGUCACCUUCAAAAGCUCUGUUGAAUUCCAAAUUGUGAUCCCAACAAUAAACCUAAGGACGGCUACAAAGGAAAGACAAUUGGGCCAGAGGACCUCAGACGGGGGGACCAGACAGCCCAUUCUCCAAGAGAUAUCACCCACCCAAGAAGGAGGCUGACUACACCCUAGAGGCCUUGUCUGCAUCCAUAUACCCUCCUCAUUGACUUUGCUUUACUGUUUAUGUUCAUAUGACCUUGACAGGGAAAUUACCAUUUUUAUUAAUUUUUAAAAAUUAGUCUUUAAAAUAUAGUAAAUAGAACUAAUUAUUUUUAUUUUUAUUUUUGCCCCCGAGGAGUGGGCAGAAAGAGGUGGUGUAAUACCCAGAGGCCUUUUCUUCCCAGUAACACUAUAAGUGUUUGCCUUCUGUUCUGAGGCAAACUGGCUUGCCAAAUAGUUCAAGCAAUAAGCCAUGCUGAUGGGUGAUUUUGGGGUUGGGGGUGGAAUAUAAUUUUUAUUUCCUUGAAAAAAUGCUAAAAGCCGGGUAAUAGUUACAAAUCCCUAACGGUACUGCUGGCACAUGUGUCAAUGUGGCUGUGGGAGAAGGCGGUCUAAGCCAAACUUACUCCCUGAGGAGUUUCUUGUUGAACCCACUGGGGUCCAUGAAGACACUGAUGGGCUUGGAACCAGAGCACAUGGCAUCAGCUGCGGCUUUUCCGGCCUUUCUGCUGUGUUCAUCUCAGAAGACUCCGCGGCCCGUUACUUGGGAGCUCUUGUCAGUCUCUUCCCUGUAAUCUACCGCUACAGGAAGGAACACUUUCAGGGUUACUGUGAUUGCGGAGGGGGUGGGACAAUACUCAGUCCUACACAGUCAGUUCAGAUUCAUUUUCCCCCCAGAGUAAGUCCCUGGCCCUGCUACUCCUAUUUCUAUGCUUACUACCUAGCUUUUUACAAAGGAUACUUUGUAAAUGUCUGUAAUCUGAACAUGAUUUGUUAAUCCAUGCUGCUCACGGCCAUAUUGGAUAGAGAUUUGCAUAGACCAUGGACACAACCGCAUCAGGAAAUACCCACCUUCCUAUCUUGAACUCUGCCCCUCUUAAGAAUGUUCUUGACUGGAACCAGUGCUCCACACGGUGUUUGCUUUCCUCUGAGAGUGGCAGCUGGCAGGGACUUUCUUUCUUCCAAGGCCCCUCCAGCGAGGCUCAAAGCAAGGGCUCACAUUACUAGGAUACAGUAGGUUCUCUCUCCCCCACAUGUGCCUGCCUGGUGGUCGGCAGGGGGAUGAUCCCUUAAAUCUCACCUCAGAGAAUGCUGAAGCUUCACACUUGCUAUUGAGCUUGAGCUCGUUUUACACCUCCAGCAGCCUGCAGCCGCAUGAAUCAGACCAUGAUCCAUCAGGAAUCUUGUAGCUGUGUUCAGGGGAAAACUGCUUAUGUCCAGGCCCCAUCCUGUCACUCAUGAAUACCCCUUGUAGGGGUGGAGUUUUAGUGUUUUCAGCUAAGAAAACCACAUUUUAUCUUUUCUUGCUCCUCUGCUAGGGCUGCGAGCAUCUCAUAGACAUCUCCCUUUCUGGUAAAACCUGCCUGCCUGCACACCAGGACUACCUAGGUUCUGAAAACUCAGAUCACCCAGAGGCAGAGCACGGCAGAGUAGAGGGACAAAGGCGGGGAACCUCUUGUCCUGAUGGCUUAUGAAAACUGCAUUUCUAACUCUUCUCAUGAAGUGCUAUUUUUACUAUCAAAUCUGGUUUACAUGAGCUUCGGCUUGGAAUCCUUUUCUUUUUAAAGGUGAAAUUAAUCUUGGCCUACAUUACUCAGCUUCAUAACGUUUCUGCCUUCGUUGGGAAUUCUGUCUAUUUCAGUCUUACUCUCCCAGGUAUAGAAAGGCAAUGAAGUCAGCACGGAAGCCCACACUUGUUCCCUUAAAGUACACAUCUUAUCCAGUGUAUUUGGAAAGGGAGAUGCCCAAAGUGUGGUUUUCCUCCCUGUAGUCACUCCUCUCAAGUAUGUUAUCUGGGUCUCAAAUCUUUGGGCCCUCCUCCUCUGCUCUGUCAGUGGGCUGCUUUUGGCAUGCUGACCCUUGUGAUAUGACCUCCAGGCCGAUAAGCUCUGUGAGAUGGCUAGGGCCGGCAUGUACACAAGUUCUUAGAAAACUCCCUUGCCCCUUUUGGUGAGCCUCUACACUACAGCUUCAGUCUCCCAACACUAGUAUAUCUUCAAAUACUUUUGCCUGAAAGCAAAAACUUUUAAGGUGUGGCAUGUUAGCUGCUUUGAGAUAAACGUGACCCUAGGUGCUGGAUAAAAAUGGGUGGGUGGAAGAAACUGUUGGUAUGAUGCAUUAUUUGAUAAUUUGUGCCUAAUUAAAUAUGGUUGGCACGCCACAACCAUACCAGUGACUUGUAAAUCUUCUAACAUUAAUGUUUGAGGUUGUGGAGCUGUCAGCCUGAAUAGGCCAAAUGAGGCAGAGAUGGGAGAGCCUUCAGAGUUGGAUGGCCCCAGGGCCUGUGUGCAAGACACACAGAGAAUGGAGAAGGAAGUCCUGUCAGUGCUAAGGAGGCGCCAUUUCAGCAGUUUCCUUGAGAUGGGCCGGGCAGAAAGAUUGCUCUCGGCAUAUACUAGACUCAGUAGCACUCGAAACUUCAGAGGAAUAGGAAUGGAUGUGUUUACUGCUAUAGUUGCUUCUGACAGCUAGAGUCAAAGGCCACUAUUUUGCUGAGGUUUGGGUAAGAAAGUCGGGGAUGUGAGGAAGUUGAAAAUCUAGAAGAGGAGGAGAAAUAUGAAUGAGGUCAAGAGAAUUUUUGACCUUUUCUGAUUGCUGAUAACUUCUUGGGCAGCUCCUGAGCUGCAUUUUUUAAAUUUUACUUGUGACCACACAGCUGGUCAGGCAGCCUCUGGGUAUUCCCUCUACAACAGCCCUUCACAGUGCUUUUGUUGCUCUGUGCCUGUAUUCUCUUGAUUUGUGGGUAGCUUUCUAUUUUCUGGAGCUCAUUGCCUUUUUAAUCCUGUUCCAGAUCCCAUAUUUAAAGUCUUUCCAAAUCAAUUAUACUUCACUGCUUUUCUUUAAUUCCCUAAAAGCCAUAGCUGCUAUCUUUUCUGUCAGCACACACUCUUACCAAUACAUAUAGGAAAAACAAAAGAAAAACUCCCUUAAUGUUUUUAACUAAUGGUAUUUUUUUUAAGCUUACCAAUAUAAGUAUUUUUGAAGGUUAUAUUUUUCAAAGUCAUACGAUGAUUGUUUUUGUUUUCUCUCAUAGAAUAGAUUGUCAUGGGAUAGAGAGUAGUCCCUGGCCUCUAUUUUUCCAAAUAAGUAGAACAUGUUCUUUGGAUUAUGCUAUUAGAUGUUAAUUUUCUUUAAAAGAAGAAAGAUUUUCUGUCUGCCAAAUUUAUAUAUUAGUGCUCAGAUUGGGUAGAAAACAAAAGUGCGAGGUUUAACACAGGAUGACUUGGGUUGUGUUUCUUUAAGUUUGAAUAGGAUUUCCCACCCUUUUUUGGAAGCACUUGACUGUUUUGAACACAGAGAAUUGGUUGGUUGGAUUAUUUGUACUGAGGAACCUGGGUGUGGGGGGUGGGGGAGACAAAGUCUUGGAAAGAAAUGCUGGCCUCGGCAUGAAAGUUAACCCUAUCACCAGUGCCGACGUCUGCGGGAAUGUUUUCCUCCACUAGUGUCCAGUAUGUUGUUUGCCUGUCUGAGUAUCAUUAAUUUGUUCAGAGUUAUUCUGGCUUUUGUCAUUUAGCCAAAUAAAAGCAAAAUGGUUUUA